AUGUAUAAUAAAUUGAUUUAGGUUACCACAAAAACAAAUUGGGAUGAUAUCAGGAAGGAAUAGAUGCGAUAAAUGUUGGAGCAAGGUAUUUCCAUAUGAAUGAUAUUAUAUAAAGGUUCAAAUAUGACAGAUGAUGAUGUUGUUUAUAUAAAGCAUUGUAUUAAGAAUUUUAGUGGACCACCUGCAUAUAUGUGGUUGGAGAGCAACCUUAAAGGGGAUCAAAUUAAUGAAGUUCAUAAUUUAUAAUAACAUUAGAUCAUCAAACAUAUAAAAAUAGCAACAAGUAAUGAUGGAUCGAAUCCAAUAUACUUUGUUUAAGAAGGUAUUGUAUCGAUUGAUUGUCAGGUGAAUUAACAUCAAAGACAAGAGUAUACAAAAAGGGCGAGGUAGUAUCAAAUGAAGAAGUCGAAUUUGGAUAAGGAGCCAUUGCUUUUUAGGUGGAUAGAUAAUUAUUCAACUCUUUUAAAAAUGUAUCCAAUUACACAAAUUAAAUAGAGUGCCGAAAUGUAAGAAUUGGAAAUAAAGUCUCAAAAUUUGCAACGUUGUAUUCCGAUUAGAUCUCUAGAUAUUUAAAAAAAAUAGGCUCUGUUGCCAUUAUUUAAGGAAACCAAAAAAAAGUUUGGUAGCAUAAUGACAGUUCCAGAAGGAGGAACAGCAAGUUUAUACUUUUAGACAAAAGGCACAACCUUAAUUUUUACUUCCACAAAAAGUCAUAACUUCAUUAUAGUUGGAUGUAUUCAAAAUGUCGGAGUGUUCAAUGAAUAAAAAUUAUUAUUUGAUUAAGGAUCAGAGUAUGGAAGUAUAUCUAUUUGUGAAUCAACUGUAAAAAAUACAUAAUGAAUAUUAGCUUUAUUAAUUAUAAGCAGAGGAUGUAACUAAAUUGCCAGAUGAUUGUAUACAAUCUUUGAGAGCAGGCUUUUAGGCUAAGAAAAUUAUAUACAAAUCCAUAGUGGACAAAGUUCAAUAGAUGAAAGAAGAUGAUGAAUUUGUAGAAUUCUAAGAUAAAAUAUGUAAGAAGUAUUCAAUUGAAUAUGGAAACAUUUUAAAUGUUAUCUAAAAAAAUACAAAAAAUGGAAAGAUUGAAUCAACAGAUAAACAGGAAUAGAUUGAAAAAAAUAAGUAAAUGUUCGAAAAAACUAUUGGUGGAAAUAGAAUGAACAAUGUCUUAAGUUAAAUGAGUGAUAAAGAAAGGACUUUAUGUUUAGGAACUCCCAGAAUUGUUAAUAAAUAAGCUAACUUCUUGGGUUUGACUUAAGAACAAGAAACUUCAUUAUUUGCUUUGAGACAACUUGGUAUUUCAUUUAUUUACUAUAACUUAAGCCACUGAUCUAAGAAAAGGAAAUUCAAAUACCAAUUCAAUUAUUCCAAUGUCCAAAGAGUCUGUCAACAAAGCCAAAUAAGCCUUGCUUCAAGAAGAGAAAAUAAAUAUUGGGGAAGUGUUAUAGAGAAAGACUAUCUCUACAAAACUACAAGAGGAUCCGUCGGUGCUUGGAAAAAUGAAGAAAGAUAAUUAUGAAUUGCUCUCUUAAUACCCUCAAGAAGAAGAGAAGGUUCUAAAAAUACAUUCGGAAGAUACCAACAAGGAAUCCAAACCAACAGAAACAGAAGGAAAUACUGAUCAAAGUGAAUUCAAAGGGAGACCAAUGGGUAGAUAAAGUUCUAUAAAAGGACAACAAACUGCACAACAAAUUUAAAUUGAUAAAAAAAAUAAAUUGCUUUAAAGUUUAGUUUGA